AUGAAAGUAACAAAGAAUUAAAAGCUAGUGUUAAAUAAUAGGUUUUUGAAUUACAAAGCCAAAGAGGAUUUGAUAAACUUCUUAGAGCAACCUCAGAAAGAUGUUGAAAUGAGUUAAGCAAUCAGAAUUAAAAAAUCAACUAUGAUGAAAAAGAUUAUCGAAAUGUUUGAGAAGAAUGCAGGGAUCCUGGAGGUAGAAGCAGAAGAUGCUUUGAUAUCCAGAUUGAUUUCAUCCUAUGAAGUAUAUAAGAGAAAAGGAAUUCCACACUUUAGUGAGAUGUCUAUUCGCAAAGAAGAAACCAAAGCGAUUUUAAGAAUAAAAGUUGUAUUAAACCAAUAAUGA